GAGUGUUCGCUAUUGAUACACACGGUCAAGAUCGUCGCUGCUGUUUGUCUUUCGAUGUCCCAUCCCCUACUCCAGGUUGAGGAGGCGACACACUCCACCCCUGGGUUUUCAGUUCUCCGGGUGACAACGCGUGCAGGUGAAAUUUGGUGGCGGUGGCUCAAUAAUCACAAUCACCGGCAUCGUCACUAUCGCCACCAACAAACCAGCAACGAAUUUCUCCAGCAGUCGACGCUUGCAGGCCGUCCACGCAGACUCCCAAGAAAAACCGGUCCGGUGGGCAACGAGGACAGUGGCAGCAGCAGCAGCGUCAUCGCCAUCAUCAUCAUCACCACACGCAGCCGUUGCUUAAUGCGUGAGUCUAAUUGCCGGUCAUGAAGUGUCAAUGUACUUAACAAUGGCACUGCAUUAACACAGACAAGGGGGUGCCUCUCCACAAUCAGUUGAGCAAUCGGAAUCAGCAAGGGGUGGGGGGUGUAGCAGGGGUGAGGUUGGCUGUGUGUGUGUGUGGAGGAGGGUGUAGGAUAGUGGUGGCUACGAUGCCCAAGAGACGCGCAGUCACUUGAUUAACGUAAAGGCAAUUAAUUUACCAAUUUUGACUUAAAGAGAUGUGUCGAAACAGCAGCAGCGGACAUCAUUGUCGCGGCGUUUACACAACGACGAGGAUGGUUUCACGCAAACGAGUGUGAGACCAUUUACGUAUUUAAGCGGGUGGAUGGAGUGCCCCAUUCAUUGUCUUUUGAAGUCAUCCCGGUGGAGUCUUUAGAAAACAUCUUCCUGCGUCACAGUGGUACUGCAAGCACAGAUACACAUGGAGAUUGGGGCACGGAAACGGACAAGCACCCGCUUCUCUUCAAAGAUCAACUCCACAUAAAUGCAACUCUACUUAUCCACGAAAGUCGUGGGUUAGCGGAGUCACGCCCUAAAGGCGUCCUCAUAUCUGCAGACUCGGAAGCCUGAACCCCUUCCUCGGCAGCAAGAGGCAGCAGCAUCGGCGACAUCAGCGGCGGCGGCGGCGGGCAGCGGCAGCGGCGGCGGGAGGAGAGAAGGAGGAGGAGGAGGCGGUGUCGGCCCAACCCCCCACCCACCCCCCACCCAGCGCCCGCUCCUCCCCACCAAGGCUCUGCCUCACAACCCUGCUGCCCCUAUCCGCCACUCACACCGCGGCCAUGGCGGCAGCCGAGCACAGGCUGCCCAGUCCGGACGCCUUCUUGGGCCAGCCUUGGUCGAGCUGGAUCGAUGCCGCCAAGCUUCCAUCCACCGACAGGCUUCUGUCGAGCGAUAGCGUCAAGGAUACGGGGAAAAAUCGUGAAGUGAUGAGACUCAACAGAGACGAUAUGCAUAUAUUUGGUUGCUGCCCGGCGCAAGACGAGUUCUAUUUGGUGAUGUGCAAUCAAUGCAAGCAGAAUAUCAAACCACAAGCCUUCCAGUCCCACUGCGAGAGGAGACAUGGUCUACCCAGGAGAUCUUCCACGUCGCCCUCUGCACAGUCUCACCUUCAGACUCUGCCAAAGAAACACAAAUCGAGUGGCGGCGGAAGCAACAGUAGCAGCAGUCAGAGGGGGGCGGAUGGAAGUGUACGGCAUCCCAAACCACACAGGGAUAAACCCGGAGACCGGUCUUCAGCCAACACGACCUCCUCGCAGGAAAGGACGGUCGGGAAAUGCGUGCAAGCGUCCAGUCAAGAGCGGCUGACCAAUCACACCAAGACGGAGAAGGGCCUGGGCCGGUCGAACUCGAUGUUCACCGCUUCGUCCACAUGUGGGAAGUCGGCGCCCUCGACCUCUCCGCAAAGGGCACCGUCGCCGGCGGCGUCUGGACACAACCCCGCCUCGCCAACCUCCAAAGCUCACUUAUCUUCCGCGUGCUCGCGACACGGGCUGCUCUCUGCCGGCCUGUCCCACCCAUCGCCGCAGCAUAGGGCCGGCCUUGCCAACUCUUCCCCUCACCGCUCGUGCCAGUCGUCGGGGCAGCACAGGUUGCACGGUGCGCACCCGCAGGUGUCGCCGCAAAAACUCUCUCACUGCUCCCCGCAGCACAAGCCGAAUUCGCAGGGCCCGACAUCGUCGGCCCAGCACAAAUCCCAGAGGCCCCUGCACCCAUCCCCGCAGCAGCAACAACAACAACAGCAGCAGCAGCACAAAGCUGGCUUCAGCUCGGGCUUGUCGCAGUCCCAGCACAAGAGUGAUAAGAGCAGCGCGGCUACGGCAGCAGCAACGACGACAGGCUUGCAGCAGAAGCAGCCGCAGUCGUCCCCGCAGCACAAGGCGAGUGGCCACUCCGGUGCCGGCGCCCCCGCGGGGCACGCUGCAUCGCAGCCGAAGUCGUCGUCUGGCGGCUCCGGCUCUGCAUCAACAGGACUGCUCAAUUCGUCGCCGCAACGGCCGCCGCACAAACCCGGGUUGCCCAAGUCGCAAGUGCCGACCCACUCCUCUCCACAGAAACUCCCUCAUCCAUCUCCACAGCACAGCAAGCCCGUCCCAGGACUAUCGGCCUCCACUCGGCAGCCGGCUCAAGCAAAGGGCUCUGCCGCCUCCGCCGCUGCUUCGCAAGCGCAAGCCGCGUCGAGUUGCGCGGCGGGACAGCAACAGGCGUCCCCGCACGACCGGCACGUGCCCCCCUCGCCGGGCCACCCGCACAGGCCGAGCUCUGCCUCGCUGAGCACUGCUCAGGAGUCUUCGAACUCUCUGGCACCACACAAAGCGGACGGGAUUCCGGCGGCCCAGGGCCACUCGCACGCGCCCGGUUCCACGGCAGCGCCGGCCACGCCGGCGACCCGCUCGCCAGAGCACAAGCCGCCCUCCGGCAGCAAGAGCGGCGCCCUGGAGCCGAGCCAGAAGGCGAAUGGAACGAAGAAGAUCUCCACGUACAAGCGGCUGCAAGAUCGGGACUUUGAUCCAAACAGCCAUUGUGGAGUGUGGGAUCCCCAGUCGGAGAGACAAUGCACACGCUCUCUGACCUGCAAGACGCACUCUCUGAGCCAGCGACGGGCCGUGCCGGGGAGGAGAAAGCAGUUCGACACGCUGCUCGCCGAGCACCGGGCGCAGUCGCGGGAGCGCGAGCGUGAGAAGGAGCUGCAGCAGGCGCUGCGGGACUCCGCCGCCCAGCACGCGCCCCACAGGGCAGCGCAGACGCCCGCCUCCACCCUGUCUCCCGCACGCGCCAAGCCCAGCACCAUCACCAGGCAUUCGAACAGCCCGUCUUGCCCGGGCCCCCCAGAGCCGGCUCCAAGCCCACCUGGGUUCUCGGUGGACAUCGGCAACCGAGUGUGGAGCGACGGAGAAGAGGAAGGGCCCAACGUGGAGCCGCCCGAGAAACUGGACUGCCAGUACUCGGGCAACCACCCUCGCCCGCACGGGUACUGCACCUUCGGGAGCCGGAGGCUGGACAGCAGGUUUUACGCGUAUGACCGGAGGUGGGAUCGAUGCAGAGGCGCCCUCACCUCCAUGACGGAGAGGCUCCUCAACGCCCAGCUGUGGCGGAAAAUCCCUCCGGCGGCGGAAUGCACCGUCUCGUCCCCCCCUCCUCCGGCACUGGGCUGCAUGCUGCCCUCGGCGGGCUUCCCACAGCUCUCUUUCCCCCCCACGUACUUGCCGUCUGUCGCGGGCCACGCGCCCAUGCUGCUCAGUCCACCUCCGGCCUUCCUGAGUCCCACCGAGCCCACGUUCGUCGGCGGACCCCCGUCGGUUUCCGGCGUGCCGUUCCCCGUCGGCGCACACGGCGCCACCUUUGGGUUCCUCGACCCCGCGCUGGGCACUGGCCUCAAGCCGCCCGCCGCCCACGCGCUGGCGCCGCCGCACUCCAUCCCGGCGGCUAGCGGCGGCGCUCUGACGGGCCCCACGUCCCGGCCGACGAAGCACCGGCUCGGGAAGUCCGCAAAGCUUAAGGAUGGCGGCGGCAGCGCGACCGAGAAGAAAGCGCGACACUCGUCGCCGUCGCGGUCGCCUGCCGAAUCGCCGCGCCAACACUGUGCGGGGGCCGUCGGACCGGGGGGCAGCUCGACGGGCCUCUCCCCGGCCUCGCCGCCCUUCACCGGCCAGGGAGGCGGUGGUCACAGCACCAGCAAUGGUGGUGGUAAGCCCGAGACGGCGGGCAGGACCGGGGUAGACUCAAUUCGGCAGAUGAGCGUGGUUGUAAGCAGCAUCGACUCCUCCGCAGACGUGGCCGGCGCAACGGCACCGCCGGCGCUGUCGGCUGUGGGUCACCACCAGCCAGAGGACCUGAGGCGGCCUUCGCGGGUGGCCCGGCCACCGCCGCCGCCCACACCGCACCACCAGGCGGAGGAAAACCGGCGGCGCUCGUCCCAGCCCCCGCAGAGCUGCUACGGGGAGGACGGGAGGAGGACCGGGCAACCCCCGCAGCAGCGAGUGGAGGAGCGCAGGAGGACGACGGCUCACUCUCCGCCACCUGCACCUCCGCCGGCCACCGCCACCACCACGCAGCCUGCGGAGGGGAGGAAACGGAAAGCGCCCAGCAGCCCCAAGCCGAGCAAGGCUUGCAAGUCGUCGAGCCUGAACAGCGUGCACGGCAAGAGCCCGUCAAUCUCGGGGAUGCCCAACAAUAGCAUUGUCCAGCAGGCCAAGGUCCAUCGGUGAAGUGUACCGUGUGCCGGUUGGUCGUGUCACCGUGGAGGCCAGCGGCAUUCGCCUGGGGGAGCGGCGGAGGGGCGCCUUCACAUCCCGCCACCCCAUCGGUGCCAGACAGGCGGUGCUGCCGACCGCCCCCCCCCCUCCCCCUAACAUCCUGGACUCAAAUCGGACGGUACGAGAGACGGUGCCAGAAAGCCCGGCCGGCUAGCCCCCUCGGCCGGUCGCACCACCGGCCAGCUCACCGCCUUCAGGGCAUCCAAGCGGGAGAGACUCUGGUCUCGGGCUCGUCAGGGGCUACAAACCAAACGUGUGAGACAGCUCCCACCCGAGCGCCGGCUGCACUUUUGCUCUGGGGGGGGGGGGGGGGUGGUGGAGUGUCCGUGGACAAUAAAGCAACAGUUCAGGAAGUGUUCCACUGGUUGUGUCAAUAUCCGCUCUAUGCAGAUUCUGGUGAGACCGGUCCGACCCACAACCGUAAGGGUGUCACGGGCUGGCCUCGAGGAGGGGAUUGGUUUGGUGACGGCACUAAGCCUGACGGCGUGGCCGGCUGCGUGCGACGCCGUGCGGUUACGCUGUGAUGCAGGAUUGCGACGAAGAUGGUGCAAGGGGGGGGAGGAGGUUACGCUACAGGUCGGUGGUAGGCGUAUGCAGUAAAGUCAAGCGAGGAUAAGUAAUGAAAUCAUAAAGGGUUGCUAACACAGCUGCCUCUAAAGUCUCAAUGUGGAACAAAUCGUUGCCGUUAAUGGUGCUGGCUGUUAGUACUGUUAGUGUCUCAACAGAUUAGGUUUUUUUUUUUUUACAAUAGAUGCAUUAUUUUUGCAUCCCUUAAAUUUGAAUUUAAAUAAUUUAAUGGCAAAUGACCAUUUUAAACCCUAAUUUAUACGCAAUAGUGUUUUGUCAAACGAAAAUCUUAAGUACAGGGUUAUAAACAUGAAUUACACUGCACAGUGUAGUCAUUUGUAACGAAUUUUUUCCCACUUUAAAUGUUGCUGAAAUUUACAAAUUAGGCAAAGUCCCCAAGUUGUGAAGGCAAUGAAAUAUAUACAUUCUCACGAUGAAAUACAACAAUGCCAUUAUUUAUAACUUUCUAAAAACAUUAACUACCUUUUUUAGAACGACAGCCCUUUGAUAAGUAUAAAUUUUUACGACUCCAAAACCCUGACGUUUUCAGUUUGGCGUUUGCAAUAGGGGGCGGGAGGCAAUGUUGACGACCCAGUGUCCGAUAUUUUUGUUUGUGUGUGGUGGAGGCAACGUGGUGUUGGCAACUCUGAAUGAUGGAGCGUUGGGGUUUUUUUGUUUUCACUGUAGCUCUGUCCCGACCCACAAGACCUUGUUUUCUCGUAAUCCCGAGCGGCACUCUUGAGCUGAACGCAAUCGCUUGUGGUGCUGAGAAUGCUAUGUCACAAGUAAGAACAAUAACGUGGACUGCUUUUGCUUACUGCUGGACCUAGUGUUUGAUUUUUUUUUGUUAUGGGGGAGGGAGAAUAAUUUAAAAUCAGGACAAGACAACACACACCCCCUUUUUUAAGUUUCUAUUCGGUAGAAACUCCUUCGGGGUAUUGUUACAUUUUUCAACACUAAGUACAUAUCUGCCAGAACACCAAUGCCAAACUGUGACAUCACUUUGUAGUGUUUAUGCUGUCAUCAAUCGAGCCUUAGCGUCACCUGGGAUUGUGUAGUAAAAAAAAUCAGGACCUUGCACAAGCCACUAUUAAACUCCUACCCCAAGGUGGAAAAUCGUCCACUACGGGUGCAUUUUUUUCUUUUGAAUAGAGUAGCAGGUGACCAUGGAUUCAUUUUUAAGUGCCAUAUAGGAUUCCUCUUAAAUCGCUGGUUAUCAUUGCCGUCCAGUCCCAAAUUUGCGCAAGUUUAACAGCAGCAACACUUUGUUUAUCACUACAAGAAUAGGCUGCCGUGAGGGCUGUUUUUUUUUACUGCGCUCCAUUAACUUCUCUCAUGCGCAUGUUCUCUACUCUACCCUUGGUCAGUCACCGGACCCAGACACUCCCGAUUUUGAUGAUGCCCUUUUAACCUGUCACAAUUCUGAGCUCAAAUCAUUUUCGUCCCACCCACUUGCCAGGUCACAAUGUGGCAGUAUUCCACCAUCUAUUCACCUCCGUUCUCCUGUAAGUCCUAUGCACCUUUUGAAUACUGUGAUGCCCAUGAUUUAUACACAUGCAAGGUGUUGAUGGUGGUUAUCAACUUCAUGUAUUUUUAUUUCUGUGAUAUUUUUUUUAAGUGCACUUUUUCUAGAGAUGCCAUUGACUAACCAAAACCCAGAGCUGGACAAUUGCCACCGAUAGAGAAACAUGACACAGUCGAAAAUAGGGCAGCUACCUUCCCCAUUCAAGUUGCAAACACCACCCAUAAACGACAGUUGUCUGGCAAAACGUGGAUUAGAAGGUGACACUUUUUUUGCUUGGGUUUUUCAUUUCUCCGCCCUCCUUGACUGGAUUACAAAUGAAGCAGGCAUGCUGUGCAACUGCUUAAAUAAACAAAAAACAAAAAAAACAAAGUAUUCAUUUAAAACAUUUUAUUUUUUGCUGAAUACAUUAGGAAUACAUUUCUUUCAUCGUAUGAUGUAAAUGUUUAUAAUUUAAGUGCACACGUUUGCGCAAACAGUGUAAAGAAAAAAUGAUAUUUUUAAAUGUAUUUUUGCACAGAGGGUUAACGUCAUGAUUUUUAGAAUUCAAACCAUGAAGAAUCCUUUGAUAUGCUUUUUUUUUCCUCCUUGUAUUUUUUAUUAUUAUUUAUUAUCGGAUUUUUUUUGAAAAGCGAGAUUAUACAGUGGAAAGUUUACACCACUGGAUGUAUAGGAGGAGUUGUACUGCGCCUAUCCCAUCCAUGGAUCUGGAAACUGCCGCUCGCGGGGGCUCUGACGGGUGCUCGCUCGCCGCUAGGCUCAGCGCAGACACCAGCCAUGGACUCAAAAAAAAAACACAACGGUCCCUUAACUCAGCCAUACAUGGGUAUAUAGAAUAUACCUUGUCUGUUUUGUAAUAUAAAUUAAAAUUUAGGAAACUGUACCUUUUUUUAUGUGUACAUAUAGCUGCAUUUGAAUUUGUAGAGAAACGAAAUUUUGCCUACUUAUAAGCACUAUUUUAGCAUUAUCAGUUCUGUGCAAGUUUAUGCCUUAUUUAAAUCAUUGUGGCAGCGACCCAUGACAACAUGUACAUACAUAUUAAAAAAUUUGGGACUCUGCGGAUACUGUACGUAAAGUGGAACAUCCAAGCGGCAAAUGCUUAAAUAAUUUUCAAUGCUGACACUUUGACUUUUUUCGUAGUGCAUGCUUUUUUUGUCAAAUGCAGAACAAUGGGAAGGUUUUUUUUGGGGGGGGAAGGGGGGGGAUAUAUUAUUUUCCAUUCGGUAAAUCUGUACAAAAAUUGGUGCGAUUUUGUUUUGCACCACCUUUGCUCGUUACAGAGUCGGGUGUCCAAGAUUGAUAAUCUCAUUGUGAUAUUUUCAAAAAAAACGGACGACGGAUUAGGGGGGUGUUCAUGGGUUUUUCACAAUCUGUGUUGUAUACUGUAAUGCUUUUUUGGAACGGACGAACAAACUGGCUAUAUUCCUUAAUGUCAUGGGUCAUACUAUUGACUGAAAAUACAAUUUUGAGCUGUGAGAUGUACAAUUUAAUGUUUUUGUAAUGACCUUCUGCAAAUAAAAUUUAUAUGCCUAUUUAUAA